AUGAAUCCUUUACCCGUGUUUUAUUUGGUCUGUAUAGUGGCUAUAAAGGAAUCUGUUUGCACUAUCUCUUUAUUUUCCUUUGAUUUGUCCAGCCCAGAUGGCGCCCAUACCGAUUUUACAAAACAAACGUACUCUGGAAUCACACACAGACAAUACAUUGUGAAAGAGGGAUUUGCCAUAAGCUCAGUUUCGGAAAAGGGCGUGGAACUAUGGAAGGAAGCCAAGGGCACGGAUGGAAAAUGUGUAGCCGUUAAUCUCUACUCCAGAGGCCAUGCAUCAUUUAUGGCACUGUGGGUCAUUAAUGGAGGUUUGACUAUUAAACGCUUUGAGAAGGUUGGUGGAAAAUGGAAGAAGAUAGAAUUGGACGACUUCAACAGGAAGCUGAAUGGAGUGGUUGGAGAUCCAUCGGGCUUCCAUGAUAUUGCAGAUAGCCUUAGAGAUGUUCAGGAGCAAACAUCUGAUGCUGACCUCCUGGAUAUUGCCAGGCCGGAUGGAUCCAGAGUAGAUUCUGGUAAUACAGAAGAAAAUGGACCCGUUCACAAGACUUUUGCUCCAAAAAGUGGAUUUAAGUUUUGGAAGAGCUCAACAGACGGAAGAUGUACCAAGAGUGGAGAAGAAGCAGUAAAGGUUGAGCAUGACUCUGUUGACCCUUCCACAUUAACUGGUGUAUACAAUGUUGAUAUAUCUAAUCCUGACAACUCUAAAUUUGUCUUUGUAGAUUGUUCCGUCGGAAAUGUGGUUAUAAAACAAGUAUUCCCAAGAUCAACGGCACUAGGUGAGAUCAUAGAUGGGAAAAGGAAGGUCUUUGAUAUUGCUGGAAGUUUGCUUUGCCUUGUGCAUUAUAAAGGGGAUGAGCCGGCAAAGACACGAACAAUUGGUCUUAAUGCUUUUGAGAAUCCAGUAAGCGUGACAAUGGAAAAAAUGGCUAGUGGCAAAUGGGUAUCUUCUGGCGCAAAGUAUGGAGAGCUCCCUGAUGGCACAGCUCUAGAUUCUGAAUCUACUCAUCCAUUUUCCAUUGACAUUUCCAAGAAAGAGGGUCAAAACUGGAAAUCUGUAGAUUCCACAUUUAAUGGCAUACCUACACGUUUUAUUGCGGUAAAGUACGGAUACAAUGCUAAUGAGAUAAAAUUUGGAGAUACAUUAAUUUAUAAAAUAAAAGACAAGGAUUAUAAUGAGAAGAAAGAGAGGAUCCUUUCUGUAAGGGUACACCCAAUUGAUAAACCUACUCUUUUGCAUGUUAUAAGAAUUAAUGCAGAGGGAAAGCUCAAAGUGCGUUACCAUACUAUAAACAAGAAGGGUCAGUGGUAUGAAGCACUACAAGCGUAUUCUUAUCGUAUAGAUAAGAUGAAGGAAAGAUUAAGCGCUGGUACUAAAUAA